AUGCUGUUAUUCAAAUCCAGAAAGCUUUCUUUCGGUGGUUCAGAGAUCCCUAGUUUGGAGAUGAGUCUUCGUAGAAGUGUUGUCUCCUUGGCCUUCCUCGAGAAUUUCGCUGUUAUAUGUGAAGGAUCGUACCUGCUUCUUCUUUCAGUUGAUGCACAGCAUGGAGGAUCCACUAAAGCCUAUGGAUGCGAUAGAGUGGAGUCGAUAGACUCGCUCGGAUAUUGCUACACGAUAAAAGCGACGAUAUACAGCGAAUUGACAGUUGAGAGGUUGACUCGAAUAAAUGAGAAGGAGGGAUGA